AUGUGGAAUGCGGUACGAAUCAGGCACUUGAUCGAAAUCAGGACGAAAUCAAAGAUACGCAUGAGCAAGGUGGAGGAGGUCGCUCACGGAUUAAUUAUAACACAAUUUGCGCACCUAAUCUCGAACAAAUCUUACUAUCAUUGGAAUGAGACGUUUGACCGACCGUUCACCGUGAUCUUCCAGGCGACUCCGAUGUGCGUCUACUUCGCGGAGAUCUACCUGCACUGUAACGGCGCGAAGGAAUCCUUCGACCAUGUGACGCCAUGCGCCGCAGCCGCGUUAGCCCUCACGAGGCUCAUCACACCUCGCAUUCAUCGGCGUGAGUUGAUCGAAGUGGUCACCUCUAUGGUGGACGAUUGGGCCACGCAGCAGGAUAAGCGGGUGCGUUGGGUCAUGAAGAAGUACGCGACGCUGUCCAAACGCGUGACGACGUUCACCUUUUUUCUGGUGGGCGUCAUAGUGGGUGUUUACAUCUUCAUGGCGGUAUCGGCGGUCACGGCGAAGGAGGCUGAGUUCGAUCGCGAGAUCGACAAUGUGAGCGCGAGCCAGCCGGCGAACGAGAUGCUGUCCUGCGUGUUUCGGGGCGAAGCGGCGCGCCAAGCGUUCAUGGUCGUCCAGGCGAUGCAAAUGUUCAUCACCGGCAUAUUGACCUUCGGCACUACCAGCUUCUUCUUCGGCCUGGCGAUGCACCUGUGCAGCCAAUUCGAUGCGCUCAGCAUUCAACUAUCCGAUUUUCGCGUCGACCGGGCGCGUUACGCGAUAGCCGAAGCGGUCAAACGACAUUGCCACCUCAUUCGCAUGGCCAAUUGUAUGGAGGAGUCGUUUAACGCGAAUGUUUUGAUAUACCUGUUCGUGACCACCACUCUCAUGUGUAUAGACGGAUUCAUGUUGAUAGUAUCGUUGAAAGUCGGCGACGUGCCCAUGAUUAUACAUAACGCUAGCGUUUUACUGCUCAUGAUGAUCCAACUGUCCUUUUACACCUUCGCCGGCGACUGCCUGGAGAUGAGGAGCGCCGCGCUGUCCUACGCCACUUACGAUUGCGCUUGGUACGAGCUGCCGGCCAGCAUCGCCAGGGACAUACGAUUCAUCCUGAUGCGAGUCAGUAUCCCUCAUCAACUGACAGCCGGGAAAUUCGUGGUAAUGAACAUGAUAACGUUCAAGGACAUCCUGAAGUCCACGGCAUCGUAUCUGUCGGUCCUGCGCGUUAUGGUGGACGAGUGAGUUCCUUCACGUCUAGAUCUUCAACAUCUGUGCAAUACCAUUGCACUUGUUUAGAACAAUUAUUGCCGACAAAAUUUCCCGCUCUUCCUUCGUCACUUCGGCAGCUAUGUUUGAAUUUGAAGAAAGAAUUUAUAGAUUAGCUUGAAGUAACUUAAAAUAAAGCUUAAUUACAAAUUAUGCAAUCGAUGGAGGUUUGUUCCUUGACUUUGAAAAUUUGCGAGCAAAUGUCGCGGUAUUUUGAUGAAGGUGCGACAUGAGUUUCUCUUCAACGACAUUUUUGC